AUGUUGAUGCUAAAAUUUAUUCUCAUUAUGUGCUUGAUUGGACUCAUUUCCUCAUCUCGUCCAUUACCUCCUUCAAUCGACGUAACACAAUCUACAAGACCAUCGGCAAAAUGCGAAUUUUCGGUUCACAAAGAUGGUCCUGGUGGGGAACCGGUAACAGGGACCGCUCUAGAUGUUGAGCUUUACUACGGUAUCCGAUGUCAAAUGCAUGAUGGAUACUGUCUCUCAGUAUCGAAUUGUACGAUAAGUUCAGAUGAGGCCGGUUUCAAGCCAUAUCCGAUAAUCGACGAAAAUGGAUGUUCAUUGGAACCAUCACUGUAUGAUAAUGUUGUGUAUGAAUCCAGUUUUACGGCCGGUAUUCGAAAUCCAUAUCCGGUACGAUUUCGUUCAUCAUCCGGUGCUGUACUUCUGUACUGUGUGACAACUUUGGUGCCAACCACAACCGAUGGUUCCUGUCCUCGACCUGAAUGCGUGAAACAAAACCAGCAGAAUAGUGAGACUGGUGGUGAACAUUGA